AUAAGGAGGAAAUCAGUUUUUGAACGUCAUCACCGGUGUCUCCGCGGCUGAGUCUGGAGGUUUCGAGAAUCUGGAUUGAAGCGAAUCAAUCAGAACCAAAACCCUAAAAGCCGCGAUGCCGAAGAAGAUGGGAGUGAACACGAAGGCGGAGGUGGCCAGGGCUCGGAAGAGUGCCGUCGAAUCGGAGCGAAAGGAACGAGAGACUCGGGCGAAGGAGGAGGAAUACUGGCGCGACGCGGAGGGUCCGAAGUCGCGGGCGGCGAAGAAGAAGGAGGAAGAGGAGGAGAAGAGAAGAAAAAGGGAAGAAGAAGAACCUACACGAAUUUGGAAGAAGAAGAAGAAAGACGAGGAGGAGGAGAAAGAGAAAGAAACGGAGAAAGAGAAGGAGAAGGAGAAGGAAGCGCGUGAUUUGAAAAGUUGUUAUAACAACUUGGUUAGACUUGGUUAAUACGAGCGGCUGGUGCUGGUUUCCAACACGAAUCGCGACGAUUCCGUGAUCGAAGCUCGAUCUGUGGAUGAUGCAAUCGCUCAGAUGAGCAUCGCUGACACCUCCUUGCCACCUGAUAGGCAUCCCGAGAGGCGCCUCAAGGCCUCCUUCAAGGCCUUUGAGGAAGCUGAGCUCCCCAAAUUGAAGGAAGAGAAACCUGGCCUCACUCACACUCAAUACAAAGACCUCAUCUGGAAGCUCUGGAAGAAAUCUCCUGACAAUCCUCUUAAUCAAAUUGCAGAAUGAGUGAGUUAUCAAUGGAAAGCAGAUUUGUAGCGGUCUGGCGAAGCAUUCUUACAGAACAUUGCAUUCACUCCAAGUUCGUAAUUAGCUCAUAAAACUCAACAUCCUCAGAUAUUGUUGUACUCUGCUAUUGGAGAUAGAAGAGAGAGUGAAGAGUGGGAGUUGUUUCGUAAACCAGCUAAGUAGUGUCUUUUCAUGUGUCCUUACUCUGCAAUAUGUAUAUUAAUUGGAUCAUAAGAAUUAUCUACUUCCUGUGUCUUAUUUGGGCAUUAAUAAUAGCAAAUAUCCUGUUUGAGAGCCAUCAAUGAAUGGGAAACAUUUUGUGUGAAUAAUAGGGUGAUGCCAAUUCUUCUGUGCAUUCUAGUAGUUAAGGUUUUGUAACAAUUUGGAUCUUCUCAGGUCCAAAAUAAAUAUGAUAAGGUCACUCAUCUGUACCAUGCAGUAUGGAGUCACUAAAAAUGGCGGCAAUAGUUG